GGGCGAUGGCCUCCGAUGAAGAUGAACUGAACCUCCUAGUUAUCGUAGUUGACACCAACCCGAUUUGGUGGGGAAAGCAAGCAUUAAAGGGGUCUCAGCAAUAGUUGGCUAGUAACCUCAUCACAGAAGGUGCCGUGUGGCUAUUCCCUAAGUGUUAUACGGAAGAUACUCAUGGCAUGGCGUGCCGGUACAGAAAUGACCUCAUUUUACCUUAUCAAAAUGCAUAGAUGCGGUCAUGGUGCUGGGGAAUUCUCACUUGUUCAUGAAUCGUUCCAACAAGCUUGCUGUCAUAGCAAGUCACAUUCAAGAAAGCCGAUUCUUGUAUCCUGGAAGGAACGGCAGACUGGGAGACCUCUUCGGGGACCCUGGCAACCCUCCUUCCGAGUUCAAUCCCUCAGGGAGUAAAGACGGGAAGUACGAGCUGUUAACCGCAGCAAAUGAAGUCAUUGUUGACGAGAUUAAAGAUCUCAUGACUAAGAGUGACAUCAAGGGCCAGCACACAGAAACCUUGCUGGCAGGAUCCCUGGCCAAAGCGCUGUGCUACAUUCAUAGGAUGAACAAGGAGGUUAAAGAUAAUCAGGAAAUGAAGUCAAGGAUAUUGGUGAUCAAGGCCGCAGAGGACAGCGCGCUGCAGUACAUGAACUUCAUGAACGUCAUCUUCGCUGCGCAGAAACAGAAUAUUUUAAUCGAUGCCUGUGUUUUAGACUCCGAUUCGGGACUCCUCCAACAGGCUUGUGACAUCACAGGGGGAAUGUACUUGAAGGUGCCUCAGGUGCACCCUCUCCUGCAGUAUUUACUGUGGGUUUUUCUUCCUGACCAGGAUCAGCGAUCUCAGCUGACCCUGCCACCCCCCGUCCAUGUCGACUACCGGGCGGCGUGUUUCUGUCACCGGAAUCUCAUUGAAAUUGGCUACGUCUGUUCUGUGUGCUUGUCAAUAUUCUGCAAUUUCAGCCCUAUCUGCACUACCUGCGAGACUGCCUUUAAGAUUUCCCUACCUCCUGUGCUGAAGGCGAAGAAGAAGAAACUGAAAGUGUCUGCAUGAUGGAACUUUCCCCGUCCUUUAGAGCUAUUUAUAGAUAGUGUAUGGGGGAGGCUUUGCAGGAAGGCUCUGAAAAAAUACCGAUAUGGCUAAGGAUUUUCAGUGGAGUCUCUUACAGGAUACAGUUCUCAAACAUCAUCCUCAUUCUGUACUUCUGGGGGGCUGAUUCGUACGAGGGAGGCCUAUGUAGUGUAAGUACCCUAAAGUGUUUUCAGGCUGAUAGUGGUCCAGAGAGGGGAGGAAAGCACACAUUUGUGACUUUUUAUUGGGAUGGUCAUUUGUCACGUCAGUGUGUCCUGGCUGAUUAUAGGCUUUAGAACUUACUACCCAAGUCUAGACUCGUAGUGCGAAAUGUUACACGUGAAAUCUGAACACAGAGAAAACGGAGUAAUGGUGUUAAUCAAUAUGGAACAUGUUAGUUGAAUCAGCUCUUAACUUUGACAACAGUCAUGUAAAUAAAAUUCUUACUGCCUGCAUUGAGGUUUAGCUUCAUAUAUUAGCAGUUAUUUAUUCUUUUGUGUGACACCUGUACAUGUUUGGACACAGGUAUCCAAAUAAUAAUAGUUUGUUGCUGGAUCCCUACAAAAUCUGAUUUUAAAUGAGCGAGGCGAGUGAGCCCAGGAGUCUGGCUGCAGCUUUUCCUUCCAGAGCAGCUGUGUGAGGAGCUCACUUGUGGAAGCUGACGCCUGGGUUGUGGGGGCCUGGCCGUGGGGGUGUGUUGGCAGGGCGGGGGGGAUGGAGGCUCUAUAGUUAAGUGUUGCCCACAGACUGAAUUCUUUGCUUUUCAACCAAGGAAAAGAAAAGAAACCCAUUAAUAUUGGGGAACUAUUCUUUAGAAGCUUUGGACUUAAUACUGGAAACUUCUGUAAGUUCAAAAAACAAUUAUUUGUAAUUUUAAUGAUAAAAAAUGUUUCUAUGUAACCUUGAAGUUAUUAAAAGUCCUUUAAUAGUGUAGGAAGUGUUUUCAGGAACAGUGGCUGGUUUGGUUUGUUUUUAAAAGUAUGUUGACAAAUUAUGUAUCCAAUUUUAUAUGUAAGUAAGAUUUAAAUUUUCUCUUUAUACCAUCUCAGAAACUCAUUUAAGUAACUUGGUGGUCUUUGGUUAGAUUAUUUCAGGUAUAUUUUGUAUUCUGGACUUACAAUUUUAUUAAAUACACAAAAUUUUCAUGAUAACUUUGCAGGUAUUUGUUAACCCUUAAGUUUGAGAAUCUAUCUUUUUUUAAAUAAUCUUUAAUAUUUUAUAGCCUAAUUAAGUGUAAUGGAAAACACUAUUUUAAGCCUAGGAAAGAAAGCAUCAUUUAUGUAAAAGACAAAUAAGUUCAAGGAAGUUAAGGUUAGGGUUAUUUUCAUUCAUUGGAACUGUUUUAUAUACUGUCUUAGUUCUGCUUGUUUUAUUUUUGU